CUCACAGUGCACUGCGUGUCUCUACAUCAGUGUACAGGUCGCUGCAAUGCUGCAAUGCUCUCUUCCGUGCUGCUGUUAUUGCUGAGCGCGUCCACGGCCGUCGUCUCGGCGGCGUCGGACUACCACGAGCAGCUGCUUCUGCGCCCGCUCCCCCAGGACACGCUCCUCGCGUCCUUCAACUUCCGCGGCAACGAGAGCCAGGCGGCUUUCGAGCAGCAGAACUUCCGAUAUGUGCCAAGGUCGCUGGGUCAGAUCCUGCAGCACGCCCAUGCACGCGAGCUGCAUCUGAGAUUCAGCGUGGGGAGAUGGGACGCCGAGAGCUGGGGCCAGCGUCCGUGGCAGGGCUCGCGGGAGGGAGGGACCGGCGUGGAGCUAUGGGCGUGGAUUGAGGCCGAGAGCGAGGAGCAGGCCUUCGCACGCUGGCUGACCCUCACUAACGCCUUGUCUGGCCUCUUCUGCGCCUCCCUGAACUUCAUCGAUGCCACCAAGACGACGCGCCCGGUCAUGGCCUUCUCGCCAGAGGGCGACCACCGUAAUGCCCCCAACCUGCAUCUACUGCAUGGCACGCUGCCGCACGAAGUCGUCUGCACCGAGAACUUGACACCCUUCCUCAAGCUGCUCCCCUGCAAAGGUAAGGCCGGCAUCUCGAGCUUGCUGGACGGACACAAGCUCUUCGACGCGUCUUUCCAGACCAUGGCCAUUGACGUGCGCCCCGUGUGCGCCCUCGAAGACGGCACUUGCUCGCUGGAGAUGGAGCAGUCCGUGGAUAUGGUCUUGGACAUUGCUCGAUCGAAGCGCCCGCACGACAAUCCAAUUCCCCGCCCUCUGCCUAUCGACCAGAUUGAGUGCGACACCUCCAAGAGCUACAAUGCGCCCGACACCUGCUUUCCCCUCAACAAGGGCACCGAGCCAGCCUGGACGCUGGAAGACGUCUUUGGCAAACCUCUGAAAGGAUCGUGCCCGUUGGUUGAGGAGAGUGAAGACUCCAGCACUGUCUGCAUCAACACACCGCCAGAGCGUACCAUUGAUGUCAAGUCUGAAGGCCAGUUCAGCGAGUCGCGGCUUGCUUCGGGUUCCCUCCGCUGCUACAAGCCCGCAGCCGGAAUAAACUUCGAUCUAGUCCUGCCAGAACAGAAGAUGACAACUGGGUUAGUCCGUGCCGACCCCCAACUCUUCGCUGCCCGAUCAAUCAACGGCCACGGCCAGGAACGCGGCAGCAUCCAAGCAAUCAUCAAGAACCCAUCACCCACCGAGCCCGUCGAAUUCGUCUACCUGGAGUCGCUCCCGUGGUUCAUGAAGCCCUACCUGCACACCCUGCGCGCCCAUGUCGACACCUCUCCCACCAGCCCCAUCAAAGAGACUUACUACCGCCCCGCCCUUGACCGCCAGCGCGGCACGCACCUCGAACUGCGCCUGGUGAUACCCCCGAGCUCAACACUCACCCUCACCUACGACUUCGAGAAGGCCAUUCUGCGCUACACCGAAUACCCUCCCGACGCCAACCGCGGCUUCGACGUUGCUCCGGCGGUCAUUCGCGUCCUCUCGCCCCCCGCACAGGAUGCAAAGGGCGUGUACAUCCGCACCACAUCGCUGCUGCUGCCGCUGCCCACGCCCGACUUCAGUAUGCCGUACAACGUGAUUAUUCUCACGAGCACGGUGAUGGCGCUCGGAUUUGGUAAUAUAUUUAAUUUGCUGGUGAGAAGGUUUGUCGGCGCGGAGGAGGUGCCGGCGCCUAGGGGUCUCAAGGAGGUUCUGGCGGCGAGGAUUGCAGGGCUCAGAGCGAAGCUGGGGAGAUGACGUACUUUGUAGUAAGAAUUGGAGCGUGUGAUUUUCGGUUUUUGCUCUUCACCGUAAGUAGAGAGUGUGAGUGUGGUCUGGCGAUCGUU